GUGCUUUACAUCGCCUACAUGGCCAAGCCGACGCAGUACACGCUGAUCCUGGCCACCUUUGAAAAGGACAGCCCAUCUGACCCCAGCGCUGAGGAGGCUUUUCGGGAAUCCAGCGCGCUCCCGUCAGAGCUCCGACGAAAGUUACAUAGCCCUGUCUGGGUGGCCGAUGACAAGGGGGAAGUCAUUGCGAUGCUGACGGGUGGGUCCCUGGAUGACUGGGCGAAGAACCCAGAGUACGUCCUGGAGGAGGUUACCCGCCGCAAAGUGAAGCUGCGCUUCGGCACUUUCGAGGAUCGCUGUUGCGACAACGGUGGCCUUGGCGACCACCUCGAUCGUCUCGCCGCGGCGGUGGCCCGGGAUGUGGAUGGCCUGGUAGAGUACAACAGUGCAGAGUUGUUGAUGCGGGCGCGUGCAACAUGA